CUUGAACAGGCAUUUUCCAGUUUUCCCCCUUAUUUUUCACGCCAAGUAAAAUUGUAAGAGAACACUUUCAACAUGAGCCACUCCUUGUAUCAGGAUCCGAUGCAGAGCCAACCGAUGGUUAUACCGGAUACGGGCAUACAUCUGCGUUUGUUGCCAAAGGACAUUAGCCUAUUCGAUCCAGUGCUGUUGCGGCACAUGCUCUGCCUGAUGAUCGUCGUGCGGAACUUCUUUCACGUGUAUCUCUGCUGGCGCCAGUUGCGCGUGUGCAACAAGAACGUGGAUCCGCCGCCCGAAAUGCAGAACGCCUUCACCAAGGAGGCGUAUGUGGCGUCCAAAACGGACGAGAUGUACUCUGUGGAACAGUCGCUGCUCUCCUACAUAUUCGAUACCAUAUUUUGUUUUAUCGAGCUCUACUUUGGCGUCUAUCCGUAUCUCUGGAGGGUGAUCAUCAAUUGCUAUAGCAUUGUCGACGAUCUUGUCUGGCAGAGCAUUGCGUAUGUGGGUUUGUUCUCCAGCUAUUUGGUGCUGCGUCACCUGCCCCAAAUCUUCUACAACAAGCUGGUGCUCGCCCAAUGGUACAAUCUUGGCCGGGAUAAGACCUUGCCCCUGGUCGGGGUGUUGUGCUCGUUCGCUUUGCUGCUUGUGCUGGUACAGGUGGGCCUUGUGCCGCUGACGGCAAUCUUUUUGUUUAUUGAAAGGUCGGGCGGCACAUUUUUUGUGCUCUGGAUUUGGGGUUUCCUGUUCAUUGUAACUAGCCUUGGCCUGAUGACCUACAGUUUCUUUGGCAUUCCGUUUCUGAGCAAGCGUUCCAAGCUGCCCGCCGGCGAACUGAAGGAUGCCCUGGCCAAGGUAUUGAAGAUAUUUCGAUUUAAGGCCGACCAUGUGUACCUGAUACACACAAACUUUCAACUGAGCGGCUCAAAAGCCAAUGCCUGGGGCUGUUCCUGCUGGAAGCGUAUCUUCAUCAUGGAGAAUCUGUUGCUGAAUCUCGGCAAGCCCGAGUCCGAGCUGUACGAGGAUGAGAUCGGCAAGGGUCUCAAUACCCAGGAGAUGGUCGGCUACAUAGCCCACGCACUUGUCCAUUGGCGUCAGUGGCACAUUGUCAAGUCCUUCAUAAUGGUCCACGUCACACUUAUCGUAUACUUUAUGAUCUUUGGCGUCUGCUAUCGGCUGCAUUGCCUCUACGAGGCGGCCGGCUUCUCUCCCGGCUUCUAUCCGCCCAUUGUUGGCUAUUGGCUGGUCUACAAGUAUGUGAUGCCAAUUUAUUUGACAAUUACCAAUUGGAUUAUUUUCUUUGUUCUGCACUCGUUCGAGUAUUCGGCCGAUAAAUAUACCUGGAAACUGGGCUAUGGCUCGCCACUGGUCGCCGCUUUGCUCAAAAUAUUUGCCGACAAUCCCGUUUUCCCCUACGUGGACAGGUGGUACAUGAUGUGGCAUCGCUUCAGGCCAACAUAUCUGUUGCGCAUCAAGCGUAUUGCAGCCUGGCGUGCUGUUUAGCUCCUUGCAGCAACAGAAAAACCAUGAAUCUAUAAACUGAAUUGUUCCCGGAACUUGUAGGGAUAUGGAAUUGAUAGCUGAUCCUAGGCGAAAGCUUAGCUCAUCAAAUUAUAUUUAUGAAAUGUAUUUAUUUGAGGGGCAAUAGGCAUAGUUCCCAAUUAUCUAAACUGUAUCUAAUGUAAAUUCAGAUCAGUAUUGAAAUUAGUUAACAAUAAUAGAGGAUAACUAUUACAA